CUCAAAUGCUCGUCUCGUCACAAGCCUUUCUGUGCUGUCAGAGACCUAAGAAGAGAUUGCUGCUUUGACUAUUUAGAUUUCGUUUUACAGUGGGCAAAUAGGUCAUGUCUGCAGACGUGAGUGUUGUAGUGGUGGGCUCUUGUAUGACUGACCUAGUAAGUCAGGCACCUCGGCUCCCCAAGGCUGGAGAGACAAUACAUGGACACAGGUUCAUUAUUGGUUUCGGUGGCAAAGGGGCCAAUCAAUGCGUCCAAGCUGCACGAUUGGGGGCCAAGACUGCGAUGGUGUGCAAGGUCGGCAGAGACGUUUUUGGGAACGACUACAUUCAAAACUUCAAAAAUAAUGGCAUAUCGACUGCCUAUGUAGAACAAACUGAGAAUGCUGCAACUGGAGCUGCCUCUAUCAUCGUAAAUGACACAGGGGAGAAUGCCAUAGUGAUUGUCGCUGGUGCUAAUAUGCUCUUGGGCCAAGAGGAACUGCAGCGGGCACUAACCACCAUAGUAAAUGCAAAGGUGCUCGUUUGCCAGCUUGAAAUCAAGCCAGAUACAUCACUUCAGGCCUUGAGAAUGGCCAGAGAGAACCACGUGAAGACCAUUUUUAAUCCAGCUCCAGCUAUUGUGGACCUGUGUUCUGAUUUCUUCAAAGCAUCUGACGUUUUCUGCUGCAAUGAAUCUGAGGCAGAGCUGUUGACGGGUAUGUCCGUUACCUCAGUGGAGGAUGCCAGUCAAGUAGGCCUGGAGCUGCUAAACAAAGGUUGUGGUUCAGUCAUUGUCACCUUGGGGCCACAGGGCUGUGUGGUGUGUCAGCCCACAAACACGGCACCGAAACACAUUCCCACCACUGCGGUGACUGCUGCGGAUACCACGGGAGCAGGUGACAGCUUCAUUGGUGCUCUGGCUUUCUACAUGGCCCAUUAUCCCACAAUGACGCUGGAAGAGAUGGCAAGGAGAGCCAACCUUGUCGCAGCCGUGUCUGUACAAACUGUUGGCACUCAAACAUCUUUUCCAUUUCAGAAGGAUCUGCCAACUGAACUGUUCUGAAGGUGACCCUUGGCUUCAAAACAACACCAUUAACCUGUGCACAGUGUCCACAGAAUUAUUGUUUGUAUAAUAAACAAUGCCAUGUACUGGAGAGUUCCAGAUAAUGUAAUUUCCUGGCAUUAUUUGUAAAUGAGGUGAGAUAUAAUGUUUAAUUAUGUCUGAAAAUAAAUAAAACCAUGUAAAUUUAUGUAAGAAA